AAAUUAAUUAUAUGUUCUAAUUCUGAAAUAAUGGAUUGUCUGCAAAGUGGAAUACAUGGAAGAGCUGAAUAUGAGUAGCUGCUGCAAUCAGCAGCCACAAGAGUCGUUUUCAAGUUCCGAACACAACACCGUAGUGCGAUGUGAUAAUCAUUUUCGCCGGUGUAACUCAGGAGAGGCAGUAUGGAAGGAACAUAAGUUGCGUAACGGUCAUGCGGUCAAUUAUAAUUAUGGGAUUUAUGCGAGAAAAACAAAAUUAUGUCGUGGAACUUAUGUCAAAUGCUUAUCAAAAUUCCAUGUCACAAAUUUCCUUUCAAUGUCAGAGCAAGGCUCAUUAAGCCUAUGCAGGCGAGCUGCCGGGCACGUUUUUUUAGGACCAAAUCCCAAUUGUGCCAGAGACACGCCGAAAGAUAAUGUCUGUACCUAUGCAAAAUCUACAAGAAAAUACGUUUCAAGCAGCAUGCCAAUCUGCGUGUUGCUAUGUUUUUUCCUUUUAAGAUCUGUCUCAAGUCAAACCACUGUGACAAAUGGAUGUCCCAACAGAUGCCUUUGCGUGUUCGGCGAAGAUAAUCAUCAGCUAAUGAACAUUUUACUCGAAAAUGAAAAUCAAAUCGGUGCUUGGGAACGAAUCAAGACAAAACCGGAUCACGUAAAUAUAUAUUUCUGCACACGUUCUGGAUUUUCCACUGUACCCAAAGGACUACCCGCCGAGAUCGAAGCGCUAUUUUUGGACGGUAAUAAAAUAUCCCAAUUAAAUUCUUUAGAUUUUGUGGCAGACAGGGAUGACGUUGAAACUUCAUCACCGAUCACUGUUUUGAGUUUCGCUAACAAUACCAUACACUCAAUAAGCAAUGAUGCUUUUCGUUCACUUAAACACUUGAGGCUUUUAAUUCUUAAAGAAAACUACUUGCAGAACCUACAAUGGACCUUAGGUUUAACAAUGUACCAUGAGCUUCUGGAGAUGGAUUUGUCUUCAAAUAAUAUCAAAUAUUUUCGAUUGAACGAAGCAGGUUUUUUUCCUGUUCUCAAGAGGCUGGAUUUGAGCAGAAAUGAGAUCCUAUCAAUUGAAGGAAAUGUUCUUGCAAACUUUCCCAAACUUGAGCAUUUAGAUCUGUCUUCAAAUCAAAUAACAUCCGGAGGUCUCUCACCAAGUGAUUCAUUUGUUUAUUCCUUAAAGAGCUUAUUGCUUUCAAAUAAUGACAUAAGUUUGGAUUCUGUUAAAGAUACGGAAUUUUUCAAUAGAUUCGGCCAACUGAGAUAUCUGGACAUCAGCAAAAACAAGAUAUCACGAGGUGUACUUUCUAGUAAAACAUUCGCUGGAUUGGAAGAUCUAAGGGAAUUGAAUUUAAGCUCUUGUGAUAUUAAAAAAUUGGAACAAGGCUGGAUAAAUGGUGGGCCUGAGAAAAAUAUCAAAGUUUUAGAUCUUUCACAUAACGUAUUAUCCAAAAUAUCCGCACAUGCUUUGUCUGCCGUAUUCACGCUUGACCUCAAUGUGACGCCAUCUUAUGAAGGGAACGCGACUGCAAAGCAAAGUGAAACUAUCGAUGAGGCAAUGUUGGAUUUCAUGGAAAUUCCGAGAGAAAAUGUGGAGCCACACUGGUUACGACCUUUACCAUUGUUGAAUACACUUUACUUGAAUGGAAAUCCUCAUUUAAACUAUAUAGAAGAUGAUACGUUUGACUAUUUACCAAACCUACAAUACUUAUUUCUUCAGAACUGUGGGAUUCGACGCCUCAACAUUGCAUCCGCAAGAUAUCGAUAUGGAACACUGCCGAUUUCAACCACUUUACCAAGAUUAUCGCAUAUAUGGGUACAUGGGAACCCUCUAGAAUGCGAUUGCUACAUUAGGUUUUUGAAAGAAUGGUCAGUAACAGUAGUCACCGUCAACGGUAAUCAGUCUUCAGGAAAACACAUCGACCCACCUUCCUACACGAUCAAUUCUCAGACAAAACAGAUUGAAGUCGAACUAGCUGUCUGUGCAUCUCCCGCAAAUAUGGCGGGGCUGACCAUUGCAAAUGCGCAAGGACAGGGAAUGACAUGUCAAGAUGAACCAUACUCAAUUUUUAUUGCGGUACUCAUUGGACCACUGACUUUUGCAGGAUCAGUUUUGCUAACAAUGAUAUGUGGAUCUUUUCAUGUUUGUUUUGUAAAAAUGAAAAAAGGAGCAGUUCUAUCUUAUCACGCUCGUGAAGAAAUGAUGAGAAAUCCGAAAGUAAGAGGCAGACGACGCAACGUUCCGCCAAAUAUUUUCAGUAGCUUCGGAUGGACUGCACCAUUACCACAAGACGAUAUAUCGACUUAUAGCCCCGGAAGUCGUACUGGUCGCUACACCAACCUUGUUCUCGGACAGCUGGGUGAACACAGGUCCCAUCCAACAGUUAGCGCUGGUAUAUUAUCACACACAAUGGCUCUUGGUCAUUCUACUACAAAUCUCACAGUAGAGGACGCCCCGCACUACAAGAAGAAAGUUGACGAAAAUAUAAAAGACACUGAUGAAAUUCGUAAACGAUCUGGUACUCCUCUUCUUGUAGUCAGAGGAGGAAGAUACAACGAGUCAGGAAACAAUGAUUAUGGAACGGGUCACAGCAGUGUGGCAACGCGAAGCGCUUCCCACGAUAUACCUUUCAUUGAUGAGAAAGGUCACCUGAGCUCAUGUCCACAAUCUCAAAGUCUAGAAGACAUGCGUCGCAAUUCAUUUUCCGAAGAAAUUGAUCGAAGACAAUUACCCUCGCACAAGAGAGAACACUCGUUAACAACGCUGUCUUCCAGUGACCCCGAAGGACAUUCGGGAUCACCUUCUGAUGGGAGCAUUCAGAGCCCAGUCAGCAUUCACGCCAUUCCUGAACCAUCUGGAAGUAGUCACGGUAGCUCUGAAGAAGUUUGUUUGUAAAAGUGAAACUUAAAUUUGAAAGGAAAUAAUAACUAACUUUCACAAGGUUUCAAGUCAACGCAAUGCUUUUUCAAGUCUUGCCUGUGUUCGAAAUUAGCAAAAACAUAUCUAACUCAGUCGUUUAUCUGACAGAAUUUGAUUCGAUUAAUUAACAAUUUUACUCACAUGAAUAGGUUUUUGUUCUGGAGUAUAAUUUUGGGUACAGGCGGUAGAACGUACACAAAACUAUUUGGGUAUGGCCGGUUACAACAGAGCUAUCUAAAGUACCGAGAUUUUUUUUUUAGAUGUACAUGUUUAAGUUUGCCAAAUCAAUAUAGCAGUCAUUACCAGGAAGAUAUAUCUUUCCGAAAACUUCAGUUUUUCAUACUCUUCUAGGAAUUUGUUUUUAGUAUAAUUGGUGUAAUUUUCAUCUUUUUUUAAUUGUGUACUUUUUCUGUUUUUAUUGUGUCCUAAUGAAACUUAAUUUAUUUUUUUUGGUAUGUUAUUACAUUCCUAUAAUACAUAAAUGGCUUUCGUGAUACUGAUUAACACCAAAAUUAUGGUACGAGAAAAUAGCACAAUAGUAGUGUUUGUUGUUCAUAGUGAUAGUGCGUUCAAUUUACGUCG